AUGGACCUGCAAGCCAAUCCCGUCAAUGAGAUUCUUUACAUCAAUUUCAAUCAGGAUAACACCUGCUUUGUUUGUGGCACCCAAAGUGGCUUCCGCGUGUACAGCACGGAUCCUUUCAACCUCACGUUCCGCAGAGAGGACGGCGGCGGGUUGGGCGUGGUUUGCAUGCUCUUCCGCACGAACAUCUUAGCCUUCACGGGAGGUGGUGAAAACCCACGCUUUCAGCCGCAGAACGUGGUGAUCUGGGACGACCGCAACACGCGGAUCAUGGCGGAGCUGCGCUUCAAGAGCGCGGUGCGGUCGGUGCAGUUCCGACGGGACUUGGUGGUGGUUGCCACCAGCAACAAGGUCUGGGUCUACAGUUUCAAGACCUUGAGUUUGUUACAUUCCAUCGAGACCAGUGACAACCCCAAAGGUCUCUGCUGUCUUUCCACGGGUGAGCGGGUGCUGCUGCUUUGCCCUGGCAUGCAAAAGGGCAGCGUGCUGGCCACCUUCUAUCCCACUGGCUUUGGCGAUCCAGCAGCCUCGGUGGAGAAAGAAGGCUCCCAGAUCAUCAGCGCGCACGAUUCACCCGUGGCUGCCAUGGCGCUGGACUCGAACUGCUCGAUGAUCGCCACGGCUUCGGAGAAGGGUACCAUCGUUCGAGUCUACGAGAUUCAAGGCAAUGGGAAGCCUAAGAAGGAACUCCGGCGUGGUGCAGACCGGGCGGAGAUCCACAGCUUGGCCUUUAGUCCCACAGGUGAGUACCUGGUGGCAUCCUCCGAUAAAGGCACCGUGCACGUCUUCGCCAUUCGUAGUGGUGGCAUGGAUGCAACGAAUUCGAAGUCGAGCCUCCAACGACUGUCUAGCGUGCUCCCAGACUACUUUUCCUCUGAGUGGAGCUUCGCGCAGUUUCGAGUGCAUGACAUCCGAAGUAUCGCUGCUUUCAGCGUGCAGCAUCCGCACACAGCAUCUUGGCUGCGUCAGAGCUACUUGAAGACUUGGGACUACAUCCCGGAGCAUUUCGUGGCCGAGGAGCUAUUUAGAGCAGCUCGAAGAGCCGUUCUCGCCAUAAGGUUCUACCACCUGCAUUCCCUUUCACACCUCUCCAAUGUUCUCGCGCUGUCGCGCAUGCGCACGGCGGGACUGGUCUACCGAGUGCUCCCUUUUCCGGGUGUCCUCCGCUCAGCCAACAUCCCGCUAGCCACCCGUGUGCAAACUACUCUCCAACGCCUCAAGAAAAGUUGGGUGUCUCCACCAACAGCGCUUCCGAGCUGGCGCCUCCACCAGAUUACGUUCCCUGACCAGUGGAAUGUCCAAAAACUUGAAGCAGAGCGACAUGUCUGGUACAGUCAGAUUGCCUUCUGCGAAUUUGGUCUGGUAGGUGUGGAUGUACGUAGCCACCAAGUAGGAGCAAAGGUGCCCAUGCCCAUCAUCGUCCAGGGCAAUGAAGCACAAGAUCGGCUGUGUGGCACUGCUCUGCAGCAGCCCCUUCCCCAUCCUGUGCUACUGCCUUCCAGAGGCACAUUUGCAUUCCUCAGCAUCCAACGCACCAUGGUCACCUCUCCUGCACGGGCGGCUGUUCGCGCCUUGCUUCGGCAGCAGGCCCUCUCCGAAUGGCAACGCCGUCCUGUUCAAGGUAAACUUGCUUCAUUGCAACAGCGAGUCUUCACUGCUUCCCUUGAUCCGCACUUCCUAUACGUCAUGUUCAACGCUCCCUGCCUCAUCCAUUUUGCGAUGGACAUGGAUGGACUCAGCAGCUCAAAGUUCAGCCUGAGUACGCGCGUGCUGCGCAAUUUCUAUAUGAGCGAAAUCUCCUUGACACACCUCGCACAUGCCCCCCUGUGUCGACUCUCCCCGGGUACACCCCGACACACCACCAUGGAUUGUCCAGUGACGAAGCCAUUGGCAGAUGCUUUGCCCUCCAUCCUCGAGCAGCAUCUGAAAAAGCUGGAUGAGCAGGGCACGAUCUCAUCUGCUGCUCGUGCGUGGCAGCGUUCUCUCAGUCAGCAAGGCCAGGCUCAUCUGUUGCAGGAGCCAGACCCUGUAUCCGCCAGGCAGUGGCUCGUGCACAUUCCUUCUCGUCACGCUGAGCUUACCUCCGACGUGGCUGGACACAGUGCGUCGGCAGUCUUAGCCGAGGGAGAAAGUGAUCUGGCGCAUCGCGGCGUCCUCCCGAUGGAUCUCGGUAAUGCCAUACUGCGGGCGGGCCGUUCUCUUGCUGAGUAUCAGGUCGCACCCUUGGAUGAUCUGGCCCCUGAGCAAUUUGCACACCUCUUGCAUCCUGACCAACUGGCAGACGAACUUGCCCAGGCAUCUGCGCGGAGAAUUCGUUUGAAACCAGUCCUCAACUUCUCAACGCUUCUUUUGCACGGCCUUAGAGCCAUUCGCUAUCACUACGCCACUCGGAUGUCCUUCUUUAUCUCUUGUGUUAAGUUACAUAUGCACCAGCCAGAAGCUGUCCCUCAUCCUUUGGUUCCUGCUGCCCGGUCUCCCUCAGACAGGUUCUCAGCCUGGUGCUCCACUCCGGCUGGGCAGGGUGUCCUCCAACAACUGCGUUGGUUGGCACCUACUCAACAAAUCCUUGUCGCAGCACAGUGCCUGCCUCCUCUCAAGCCCUUUGGGUAUCACUCUCACAAUCUCGAGGAGUUCCUAUUCGCACGGGUACAUCCCUUAGUUGGGGUUUUCACCUGUCAUGGGAUGAUGCCAAAUCUCUACACACCCGCUGCACCUGUGACCUGCUCCCUGGUCCUAUACCAGCCCUCUGUCUCUGCCCCACCUGCGGAGAAGCGUAAACUCAGUCCGCUUCCACCGAAACUUUUCUUGUGUUUGGUGCGGUCCUCCUGGUCCUUGUGUUUGCACCCACCCCAGACCACACCAUCUGCCUCUGCCCAGACUGUGCCCACUCCCGGAUGCACCUUGCAGCUUCCUCUCCUAUCCGUCGCGAGAGCUCUGGCUCCACGUCUCCUCGCUUGCAAAUCGCGCACAGGUAGGCACUCGGGGCCCAUCCCUGCUUCAACCAUUCGCAUCGAUUGUCUAUCUGCUUUUGCCGGUGCUCCUGACCUCAACCCAAUCUUCACCACAGUCAUCAGCAACAUGCGUCGGGAAGGAGCUCUUCUCUGCGCCACUGCGCACGUGAUCGUGUUGUGUGCCAAUGGUUCUUACUACAAGGUGCGCUUUGAUCCGCACAGCUCAGGCGAAAUGACGCGAGAGGACUACUACCAGUUCGAUGACAAAAGCACCCAAGGGGAAGGCCGAAGUACCAGCACGGCUGUCGCUGGGCAGAUCGGGACCUCGUGGAGAUGGGGAUCGGGGCUUGAGUGA